AUGACCAUAUCUCGUAAAUCACAUAAGAAAGACAGAAAAGUUGAUGGCGGGCAGGAUUUGGCGGAUCUGAAGUUUAAAUAUGACCUACUGACGAACGAGUUGUUCCAUUUGAGGGAGUUCAUUUCACUGGUUGAUUAUGAUCCAACCCAUUUCAAUGAUACUGAAAGUUUCCAGAAGUUUCUCCAAGACACACACUUGUCGCUGGAGGAUGGAGAAGAAGAGCCUGUUAAUGACCUUAUCCUUACAAAGAAAAGCACAAAUGGCGAGCACGCUCGUAGGAGACGCAAUCUCAGGACAUCGACAAUUGUCGGCUCCGAUACGACCAACUAUAAAACGGAUGAUAUAGAACUAAAACUGGAAAAUAUUGCACCUUUAGUACGAAAUAAAUGUGAAAAACUAAAAAAAAAACUGAACGAUCAUUCAAGUACGAAUACUGCGGUACCGCAGAAGAGGCCACUGGAGCAUUUAAAGAAAAGAGAGGCCGCAAGAACCUCAAAGUUAAAAACUGGAAAAAAGGAAGAGUCACCACCAUUACCUGUACAUAAAAUUGAAGAGAAUCAUGAUCAUACCACGAAAGUUGAAGACACCUCAGAAACUUUCAUGAUAAACUAUUCUUCUGAUGAUGGCUCUCUUGAAGACGCUAGUGAGCAUUAUAGUGAUAAUUUUUAUUUUACCACAUCAUCUGAGGAGGAGGAUAUGAAGAAGAAAAGAGGCAGAAAAAGGAAAAGGCCAAGGAUAAAAUUGGUAGUUCACCCUCCAAAACAAACGAUAACGAACCCAUUGCAUGUAAUUAAGCCAGAAUUCAAUGAUUUACACGAGUACAUCGGCUCCUAUAAGUUUUUAGAAGAAGAUUUAACUCUGGAAGAAUACAACCAGUAUGUUAAUGAGCAAAGAAAUAUCCUAUCAAAGCUAAAAAAAGGUAUUGAAAGUGGCGCAUUGAAAUAUGACAAGGAAACAGAUUCUUUACAACCUAUAACAUCAAAGGAAAUUAAAGUCAUUUUAGCAUAUAAACCAGAUCCGGUUUCAUAUUUCUAUAAACAGCAAGAUCUACAAAUCCAUAGGGAUCAUUUGAUUAACCAAGGUGUUAACAUGAGCAAGCUGUUUAGAAAUUCGACAAAGGCAAGAAUAGCAAGAGCUAAAAAGGUUUCUCAAAUGAUAGAACAGCACUUCAAACAUAUAGCCGGUGCAGAAGAAAGGAAACUGAAAGAGGAAGAGAGGCACAAAAAAGCCUUAGCAAGAUUUGCUGUUCAGGCUGUUAAAAAAAGAUGGAACAUGGCUGAGAAAGCCUACAGGAUCUUGAGAAAAGAUGAAGAAGAACAGUUAAAAAGGAUUGAGGGGAAGCGGCAUCUGUCUAAGAUGCUAGAGAAGAGUACUCAGUUGCUGGGUGCUCAACUAAAUCGGGCAAACGAGGAUGAGAAAAGCAGCAAUUCAUCUUCUGAUUCAGAUGACGUUUUGAGUGAAAGUAAUGUUGAUAUGGAUGAUGAACUGUCAAUAUCUUCUUCCGGUGAUGAUGGAGUCGAUGCUGAUACAGGACUCGAUAAUAGCUCAGCUUCAACGGAAGCUACUCCAACAGACAUAUCAUUAAAUCUAAGCCAAUUGAAAGAAAAAUAUGAACACUUGAAUAGUUCAACGACAGUGUAUGAUUCGACCAAUAAAGAUGGGCAGCCUCUUUUAUCAAAUGACCAUGAGACUACAGCUAGCGAAGACUCUAUAAUGACGGGAGAGGAAUCAUCGGUAUACUCAUUCUCCGAAAAUGAAAAUCAAGACGAAAGCCAGGAUAAGUCAGACGACAAAACGCCUUCUGUGGGGUUGAGUGCAUUAUUUGGUAAGGGUGAAGAUUCUGAUGAAGAUUUGGAUCUUGAUGACAAUGAAGAUUUUGUAGAAAGCGAAGAAGUUGAAAAAGACGAAGCAGAAAGUCUGGGCGCUAAUGUGGAAAAAGUAGAGGAACUUGACCAUGCUGAAGUUGAAGAUAGAAACGAUUUUACUGGUGUUGAGGAAAAAACCCAGAAAAUACAAGAAGAACAAUUAUCAGUCGUGGAUGUACCAGUACCAUCUUUGCUAAGAGGGAACCUAAGAAUCUAUCAAAAGCAAGGUUUGAAUUGGCUAGCGUCUCUUUACAACAAUCAUACAAAUGGUAUUCUGGCGGAUGAAAUGGGGUUAGGUAAAACUAUUCAAACGAUUUCUCUGUUGGCGUAUUUGGCUUGUGAAAAGGAAAACUGGGGGCCGCAUCUUAUUGUUGUUCCUACAUCUGUCUUAUUGAAUUGGGAAAUGGAAUUUAAAAGGUUUGCGCCUGGAUUCAAAGUUUUGACAUAUUACGGCUCUCCCCAACAACGUAAGGAAAAGAGAAAAGGUUGGAACAAGCCGGAUGCUUUCCAUGUAUGCAUUGUUUCUUAUCAACUAGUAGUCCAAGACCAACAUUCCUUCAAGAGAAAGAGAUGGCAAUACAUGGUGCUAGAUGAAGCGCAUAACAUUAAAAACUUUAGAUCGACAAGAUGGCAAGCACUUUUAAAUUUCAAUACACAAAGAAGGUUAUUGUUGACUGGAACACCCUUACAGAAUAACCUUGCUGAAUUGUGGUCAUUACUAUAUUUCUUGAUGCCACAGACUAUCAUUGAUGGGAAAAAAGUAUCUGGAUUUGCCGAUCUUGACGCAUUUCAACAAUGGUUUGGACGGCCCGUCGAUAAGAUUAUUGAAACCGGUCAAAAUUUUGAACAAGACAAGGAAACGAAGAAAACGGUGGCCAAGUUGCAUCAAGUCUUACGUCCAUAUCUUUUAAGAAGAUUGAAAGCUGACGUUGAGAAACAGAUGCCAGCUAAAUAUGAGCAUAUUGUCUAUUGCAAACUGUCUAAAAGGCAAAGGUUUCUUUACGAUGAUUUCAUGUCGAGAGCUCAAACGAAAGCAACUUUGGCUAGCGGAAAUUUUAUGUCCAUUGUCAAUUGUUUGAUGCAAUUGAGAAAGGUGUGUAACCAUCCCAAUCUAUUUGAGGUGAGACCGAUUUUAACAUCAUUCGUCCUUGAUCAUUGUGUGGCCGCCGAAUAUUGUGAUGUUCAGAAAACUGUAGUUGAUUUCUUCCAAAAAGGGAACCAGUUCAGCCAAAUUGACCUAGAUUUCAUGAACUUAGUGUUUACCAAUAACGAUAAAGUUUUGACUUCUUACCAUUCUGAUCAAAUCUCGAAACUAAAAUGUGUAAGUGAUUUUAUUGAAGAAGUUGACAAAUUGAAAGAAGCUAAUAAGCAAGUUCAACAGGAAUACGAGAAGACUACUUUAAAUUUUCAAGAUGCCAAUCAAUACUUCAAAUACUCUAACCAACGGAAAGUUGAAGGAACAGUGGAUAUGCUGAGCUUUUUAAAGAUGGUCAAUAAGCUAAGGUGCGAUAGAAGACCCGUAUUUGGCAAAAACUUGAUUGAACUCUUGACCAAAGACGAUAAAAUGGGAUAUGAGAAACCAAGGAUCAUUGAUGAGGGGUUAAUAAAGCCUUUACAAACCAGAUUGUUAGACAAUAAAAAGGUCAUUGAUACCUUUGCGGUUUUAACUCCAAAGGCCGUUUCAUUGGAUAUGAGAAAGUUGGCUCUAGGACUGAACGAUGACAGUUUAAUAAAUGAGAACACGAAGUUAAAGAUAGUAGAUAGCUGCUUUGAAAUGACAAAUCCACUGCACCAACUGCAAACUAAACUGACGAUUGCAUUCCCAGAUAAGUCGCUACUUCAAUAUGAUUGUGGUAAACUGCAGAAGUUAGCGAUUUUACUGCAACAACUAAAGGACAGUGGUCACAGAGCACUAAUUUUCACACAAAUGACAAAAGUUCUGGAUGUCUUGGAACAAUUUUUAAAUUAUCACGGUUAUUUAUACAUGAGAUUAGAUGGUGCCACAAAGAUUGAGGACCGUCAAAUUCUAACGGAGAGAUUCAAUACUGAUUCCAGAAUAACGGUAUUCAUCUUAUCGAGUAGAUCAGGAGGACUAGGCAUCAAUUUAACUGGCGCAGAUACGGUAAUUUUUUAUGAUUCAGAUUGGAAUCCAGCCAUGGACAAACAGUGUCAGGACAGAUGUCACAGAAUUGGCCAGACUCGUGAUGUGCACAUUUACAGAUUUGUCAGCGAGCAUACCAUAGAAAGUAAUAUCUUGAAAAAGGCCAACCAAAAAAGGCAGCUGGAUAAUGUUGUUAUUCAAGAAGGUGACUUCACCACCGAUUAUUUCAGCAAACUUUCGGUAAGGGACCUGCUGGGGUCAGAGAUACCGGAGAAUGCUCCAAAUGAGGACAAACCACUGAUAGCUGACGGAGACAUCGCAACCAAGGACCCCAAACAACUGGAAAAAUUACUUGCGCAAGCUGAAGAUGAGGACGAUGUGAGGGCCGCAAACCUGGCCAUGCGAGAAGUAGAGAUUGAUAACGAAGAUUUUGACGAAACUGCCGAAAGAAAAGUAGGCAAUGAAGAAAAAGAAGGACCCAUCAAAGUGGAUGAGUAUGAGGGCACUGCCCAUGUGGAUGAGUACAUGAUCAGAUUUAUCGCCAAUGGUUACUAUUACUGA